CUGCGCAGCUGACCUGUGGAUCCACGGACUGCUGCUGUGCCUCAUCUGAUCUGGAAUGUUUCCUGAGGAGCGUUAGGAGGGACCUGGGUUUGACUUCUGGCUGUCACCACCUUCUUGAGUGACCUGGGCUGGUCCCCUCCUGGAAUCUCUUUUUCCAUUUCUGCAGUGAAGAGGUUGACUGAUGAUUUACAAUGAUGUUUCCUGCUCUGAAACUCUAUCUUGGAUUCUAGAUUUCCAUGUGACAUUGGUGAAGUCUGGCCGGGGCAUGGGACUCUGAAAGGCCAAUGGCUCCAGACCUGGCUGUCCGCUCAGCCUAACUCAUCUUUGCUUGAGACCUGGGAGUGACCCCCGGCUCCCCUGACGUGCCUGGCUCUGCCCCUACUCCCCUCUCUCCCUCACACUCAAGCACCAAAGAGGAUUCUCUUCUAUAGCACAUCUGAGCAGGGCCCCAGGGCCCGGGAGGAGCCGAGGAGCAAGAGGCAGCCAUGGGGGCCUGUGCCGUUGUGACUGACGCCAACAUCUCAUUUGGCCUCGAGAGCAACACCACAGGCAUCACAGCCUUCUCCAUGCCCGCCUGGCAGCUGGCACUGUGGGCCACAGCCUACCUGGCUCUGGUGCUGGUGGCUGUGACGGGCAAUGCCACGGUCAUCUGGAUCAUCCUGGCCCAUCAGAGGAUGCGCACCGUCACCAACUACUUCAUCGUCAACCUGGCCCUGGCCGACCUCUGCAUGGCCGCCUUCAAUGCCACCUUCAACUUCGUCUACGCCAGCCACAACAUCUGGUACUUUGGCCGUGCCUUCUGCUACUUCCAGAACCUCUUCCCCAUCACGGCCAUGUUCGUCAGCAUCUACUCCAUGACUGCCAUCGCCGCCGACAGGUACAUGGCAAUCGUCCACCCCUUCCAGCCACGGCUCUCAGCCCCGGGCACCAGAGCAGUUAUUGCUGGCAUCUGGUUGGUGGCCCUGGCGCUCGCCUUCCCCCAGUGCUUCUACUCCACCAUCACCAUGGACCAGGGCGUCACCAAGUGUGUGGUGGCAUGGCCUGAAGACAGCGGCGGCAAGACGCUCCUUUCGUACCACCUCGUGGUGAUCGCCCUCAUCUACCUCCUGCCUCUCGUGGUGAUGUUCAUUGCCUACAGCAUCAUCGGCCUCACGCUCUGGAGACAAGCGGUCCCCGGGCACCAGGCGCACUGCGCCAACCGGCGCCACCUGCGGGCCAAGAAGAAGAUCGUGAAGACCAUGGUGCUGGUGGUGGUGACGUUCGCCAUCUGCUGGCUGCCCUACCACCUCUACUUCACCCUGGGCAGCUUCCAGGAGGACAUCUACUGCCACAAGUUCAUCCAGCAGGUCUACCUGGCGCUCUUCUGGCUGGCCAUGAGCUCCACCAUGUACAACCCCGUCAUCUACUGCUGCCUCAACCACAGGUUUCGCUCUGGAUUCCGGCUUGCUUUCCGUUGCUGCCCAUGGGUCACACCAACCGAGGAGGAUAAGCUGGAGUUGACUCACACUCCAUCCCUCUCCAUGAGGGUCAAAAGGUGUCACACUAAAGAGAUUUUGUUCAUGGCCGGUGACGUGGCUGAGGCUGCCAACGGGCAGGCUGGAGGGCCCCAAGAUGGGCUGCCUACUGAACCUUGAAGCCUUACGCCUGGCUGCAGGGCGAGGCUUAGCACUCUUUGAGAAGUAGCCA